UUGGAUCAGGCCAUCCAAACACGGAAACCAUAAAGUAAUUGUAUAGUACCCCCCCCCCCCUGACGUCUAGCUAAUGGUAUAUAUUGCAAUAAAUGGAUGCGCAGAUUUAGAAGAUAUACAAUCCAUGCUCAACAACUACGUGUUUCUAUGAAAUCAUUACAUAAUUAUUCCUUCAAACCUUAUUUAAUCUUGGAUCUCGCAUAAUAUCGACGGCUUGAAUUGUCGGGAUUUUCGAGACGUGUCUUUGCACAGGCCUCGUGCAUUUCGACAAGCAAUUCCCCAACACUGUGCCACAUUUUCUGUUCAUUUCUUCACUCCUAUCCAUUGAAGACAUACUUAGUCUUGUGUAAAAACCACUGUACAAGGACAGAGUUAUAUUAUUAUGUCGCGAAAAUGUCGUGUGUUUGGAUAUAGAGUCACAUGCCAGUGUUAUGCAAUACUAAUUGUACACACACUGUGAAACAAAUAGUUGUUCCCAGACGUGCCAUGCACGAACGUCAUACGUUUUAUACAUACCUAUUCGAUUUCAAAACUUUCAGUAUAGAGCAAGUAAAUUUUUAACGUAUUCCGACCUGUUUUCGGAAGUUUUAGAAUAAAAACUAAAAAAAUAUUUUCAAACCGUAUAAAAAUACCAGUUAAACAAUAUCGGUACCGGUCAGAUUUGUGUAAACUUUUUAAUUCCUUCGUUGAAAUUGAUUGCAAUUUUUGCGAGCUGUAACACUUUGUGACGUCAAGUAAUUUCUCAAAAAUCUCUGACUGUGUUCUUAAAAACUGAACAAUUUUUUCCCAACAAAAUCAACAAUAUUUCUUUUACUUUUAAGAUCUUUUUAUACUCUCAUUUAAUUUUAUAUUUGUGUUCUCAAAAUUAUCGACCAGUUGAGCGUGAAAAUGGUAGUUAUGUGGCAAAUACUUGGGGUUUAUCAUUGAUGGGAUAAAUUUCAAAAUUUGUCACAUUUGAACUUGUUCUCUAACUUUUUAUGCCUUUUAUAUACAUUGGUGAAGUUUUUUUCAGGUAGUUUCUGAAUGAACUUUAUAGCAAGUCUGUUGUAAGGAUAUAGUACGCUUGGACUUUACAGUAUCAUAUAUCAUGAUAAUAUUCACUUUUAAUUUUCCCGAAUAUUUUCAUGAAACAUUGUUCUCCGAAAUUGAAAUAUUUCUUCAUGUUUACCUUCUUUCACUUUGAUCAUGUGACUUUCACACGCUCGUAUAUAUUCAACAUGGCCGCCAGUUGGUCCCUAUGAAACUCGAAUUUUUUACCACAACCAACAAUGUGAAAGGGAAAGAAGACUUUUGUUGUUAAUAUUGCCAAGAUGGACCCUUUAGGAGCAAUUUCUCAGCUGGUAGAAGGGCAUAGUUUGCCGACAUGGCAUGAUUUAAUUCCGCCAACAUACCAGGAACCUUCUACAAUUCGAGACUCAAAGUUUCCAGUUCGACAAGAUUUAAAUGAAAAGGUUUCUUUAUGGUAAGCUGGCUUGUUUAGAGUCUAUUGAAUUGUGGUUUUAUAUGUGACUAAUACCAGUAUUUAUGUGUAAUGAACUGACAAGGCUCAAUUAAAUUUUCUCUGCAUAAUUUUUGAUAUUUAAUUAUUUAUUAUUUAUGUAGCAAUUUAUAUAUGCCUUAAUAAUAUACGCAAUCUUUCCAAGGCGAAAAUAGUGACAUUUUGAAUAAUUCGAUACAUUAUACUGUAGUGUGAUUUCCAUGAAAAAAUCUUUCAUAGUUGGACCAUUGUAUUUUCCCAGUAUAUGCCAGUGUUUUCUGGACAGUGACAGCAUUUCCAGGGGUUCUGGGAUAUAAAAAAAUACUCAUCAGUCGUGAGUAAACAUGUACAGACAGGCAAGUUUUAUUUGCUCAUGUGUAUGGCAAAAAAAUGACUAUUUCGUUGGCAAGAAGCCUUGCUCCAAAACUAGUCAUGCAGUGUUAAUUCUACUUUAUUAUUUCACUCUGUUUAACGCCAGAUUUUGCUUGUGGAGAGCACUGGCACUUAAUGGGUUAACAUACUUAUAAAAUCCUAGGGAUGGUGACAUUACAAAUCUCAGAGUUGAUACAAUCGUCAACCCAACCAAUGAAACUCUAGAUGAUAAAAACCCAAUCAGUAGUCGUAUCCACAACAUUGCUGGUCCAGAACUUAUGGAGAUAUGCAAGAAGGAACUGAAAGGUACAUUUCAAAUUCUUAAAGUGGAAGUCAAGUCCGUUCUGCACAUCGGUUCUGCUCAUAACAAUGUGAGGACCUCUAACGUGAAAAUUGCCCAAAUUUCGAAUGUUUCGAAUUUUUCUGAACAUAAACUCUAUUUCAUAUGCAUUUAGAAGCAUAGCAAACCAAAAUAGUGUUAGAUAUUCAGACAGUUCAUCAUAUUUGAAAAAAUACAGCAGUUCAAAAUGUAAACAAACCGUUUGUUUACAUUACGGACUUGACUUCCACUUUAAGAAAGCUGGAACUCCCUAAAAAAUACAAGGUAGUUGUAUAAUCUUGAACUGUCUUUACCAGGUAGUGCAGAUGAUAACAAGCUUUCGUUGGUAGGGAGGCAUGCAACUACCUGAAGAAUACAAAGCAAAAUUUGAUGUUUCAAGUAAAGGCCAUUUGUUGGGAAUUUAGUGGUACCUUUGCUCGAAACGUUGAAUUUUGCUUUGUAUUUUUUAGGCAGUUGUAUCCUUACCAACAAAAGCAGGUAGUCGUAUCCCUAUCAAAUCGCAGCCUUCUUAUUGUUGGUAGGGGUGCACCGGAACCAAUUUUUUAAGUUCCGGCUGGAUCCGACCGGAACUGGAAAAAAGUUCCGGCCGGAACCGGAACUGAUUUAUUAAGCCAUAUAUAGUCAUGUUACUUUGUCCGCUGCCAGACAGGCAGACACUUCAAGUCAUCAAGGAGAGAGUUUGCAAAUGUUAGAAUAAAAAGAUUGACAAACGUUAAACGUCAUAAUGAAGUGCUAAUAGUGUACAUUUCCCUUGCGUAGUCCAAAUUUCUUCCUACUGUGAAGUUUUGUUAGACACAAAAACGUUUGAUAUUCUAUCUCUCUGAAAACGACAGAGUUCCGGUUCCGGCCAUGCUUUUUAUAUUAGUUCCGGCCGGAACGGGAACUCUGAAAAAUCGGGGUUCUGGCCGGAACUAACCGGCCGGAACCGAGUUCCGGUGCACCCCUAAUUGUUGGCACUAUCUACACUGGUACAGACUAUUCGAGAUUAUUUCAAAUUCUUCUCUAGGGGGGCUUGUACUUUGGUCUGAUUUGGUAUCACCUUUCUGACUUUUUCUUCCUUUGAUGUAGUUUGUAGAACUGGUGAAGCUAAAUUCACAGAAGGAUUUGGACUGCCUGCAAGGUUUGUAUUAUGUUGAGUCAUACCACAAUGUAAAUACUUGAUCACCAGCGCUCUUCCCUUGAUGAGUGAAAUUGUCUGGUGUUAGACUGAGUGAAAAACUAACGUAGGGCACAUUGGAGUACAAUGCAACUUACUGGGUUAACUAGACACAUGGGUCUGAUUAACCCAACUGAGUGCCAGUGCUCUCCCAUUGAUGAGUAAAAUCAUCAGAGUAAAAUAAUAAAGUAGGGUGUAUUGGGUGCAAUGCAUUGAAUGCAACUUAAUGUGUUAAUGUUACAAUUAGAAAUUGUUCAUUCCUGAAUGGAACAAAUGUUAUGGAGACAAUAUCAUUAUCUACUCUUUGUUCCUUUUAGAUAUGUUAUCCACACUGUAGGACCUCGCUACAAUGUGAAAUAUCAAACAGCGGCUGACAGUGCCUUGUACUUUUGUUACAGAAACAGCAUGUUAAUUGUGAGGUAAGUUUGUACCUUGUGCACCAUCUAUUUCCAACAUUGGUUAAUGCAUCUGUGUUGCCAAAUUUCAUUCCUGCUUCCAGUUUGAGAGUUCUAAACAUCACAGUUUUUUUCUGAUCAGUCUAUUUUCCUCUUGUAACCAUUAGCUUGUGUUUGAUAAAUUAUGUUUUUACCCAACAGAGAAAACAAGUUGGCAUCAAUUGGAUUUCCUAUUGUUUACUCACCUAAACGAGGCUUCCCACCAGAACCUGGUGCUCAUCUUGCAAUCCGUACGUACGCUACAUGAAAAGCCUAACAAUUGAUUCAUUUACUUUUUAUCCUUUGCGUCCCAAAACAACAUUUGCACAGCAAUAUGACAUUGUUUUUAAAAUUUUUGUGUUAGGUACAGUACGUAGAUUUCUUGAACAUUUUGGUGACACAGUAGAUCGAGUGGUGUUUGUUGUGACUGGUGCAAAUGAUGUAGGUUGUGUUGUGUAUAACAUUAGAUUUAUUAUUGUCAAUGCUUGGGUGGGACAUCAUGUGUUCUUGGUUACUAAAUAUGGCUACUUUGAUGCAAAUUGUGGCAGCAAACAAUGACUCACCCUCCCUGGAAAAUCUCCACCCAUCCACCCUUCCCCCACCUCUGCAAAAUCCCAUCCACAGGCGUUGGAACCUUUCAGAGUGAGUAAAGUCCUAAAGAGUACAGUUUUUGCUUCCAGGAAAUCUACAGAAAAGUGAUGCCACUAUAUUUUCCAAGAAAUGAGUCUGAGGAACAAUUCUGUAUUGGUGAACUUCCACAAAAUAUAGGUACGCAUAUAUUGAUUUACAGUAUGUGGGACCGUUUUUUUUUCAUUUCUGAGUAUCAUCUGUAUUUCUAGGAAAUGAAAUGGGCGAGCCAGUUAUUGAAGAGAGAGGAAUUAGAAUUUCGGAUAAACCUAUCAAAACAAUAGGUGGGAUAAUGUUCCAUUAUUUCAUUUGUGGGAUAAUGUUCCAUUGGUCAUUAGAUGCCACAUACAUAUUGGGUGAUUUUUCAAAAUUACAAUUCUUGUAUAUUUCUCAUUUUCAGUGAGUUCCGCAGGUGUCAAUUCGAUACGUGAUACUGAUGAUGAGAACAUUAUUGAAAGUGAACAUGUCGGAAGGCAUGCAUUCACUCACAUGACAGGAGAUCAGGACGUGAUUUCACAUGAAAGACUGCAGGGCAAAUCUCUAGAAGAAAUGAGGAUGUAUGAACAACAAAAAGUGUAAGUGUACCACACCUUUUGAUAUUAUAUUUGAUUUCUAAAACAGAAAGAGAGCUUUUGAUGCAUACAGCACUUGAAAAUGAGAGGUGCAUGAGUAUACAACAUUGUGAAGACUGUAGUGAUGAGCUCACAAUACAUUUACAGUAUGGAAUAAGGCUGAUGAUCUUGCUGUCUCAUUCAGAUAGCACUACUACUGUACUGUGCUUACAUGAUAGGAAUGUCAUUUUAUGUUUUUAGCUACGCUCGGUGGGUAAAAAGGGGUAGAUCACAGGACUUUUCUGAUCUGAAAAAGCUUCGAAUGAUUUAUCAUUGUGGUAUGUUUUUACACUUUUUACUGAUUACUGUACAUAAUUAUUGCUGAAAAAGCAGUUCUAAUGACGAAAUUAUUAUAUAUCUAUAAUGAUUGACCACAAAAAUGAUGGACCACAAAAAUGAUGGAAUUGUGUAAUUUUUGUUCAUUGAUUGUUUCAGGACAUGACAUCAUUGGUCGACCAGUCAUUCUCAUCAUAGGAAAACGUUUUUCAGAUUCAACAAUUGAUUCAGACCGGGUUAGUAGGAAUUUUAUCUCAUGAAGUUGUCUGAUUAUAAUUUAGCCUCGUGUGAAUGUGAGAACAGUGCUUGCAUUUCAAGGAAGAACAGUUUAUAAUUGAUACAGCAGUUUAUUUUAAUAGAAUUUUGAAACAAGUUGUAAUGGCAUUUCUUCUCUAGCUUGUGGGGUAUGCAUGUGGCAUCCUAGACAGACUGGUGAAUCAAGAAUAUAGCCUGGUUUUCUUUGAUACCAUGUGCCUCGCGGAAAAUCAUCCAUCGUCAAGUUUUAUUAAAUAUGUUUAUGGAAUGUUAGAUAAUAAGUAAGUAUACAAUGCAUAUAUAACAGUUAGAUUAUCCAUGCUAUACAUAUGUUAUUGAAUGUAGAAUGAUCUGUGCCAGUGUACUGGUCAUGCCAAUAAUAAUUUGGAUUAAUAGGGAUGCAACUACCUGAUAAAUACAAUGAGAACUUCAACAUUACAAGCGAAGGCACUUUGUCAGUUAGUCAGUAGUAAGAAGUGCCUUCGCUCGAAAUGUCUCCGAAACGAAAUUCUCCUUGUAUUUUUUUCAUAUAGUUGUAUCUCGAUCAAUUUGAAGCUUUCUUAUUGAGGUAGGCCUAUUUGGGUGAACAGUGGCGUAACGCAACCGCUGGGGGCCCUCCGUCAAUCGGCCACUUUGGGGCCCUUUGCUACACUAAAAAUAGGCUCCAAAAAUUUUUCUCGGAACAAUUUAUUUUUGGCGACCCCCCCCCCCGUAGCCAAAAAAUUUUCGGACAUUGUACCAUUUUAGGGGUCCAAAAUUUUUUCCGGACAGACCCAAUGAAAUUGCAAUUAAUUCAUUCUAGUAUCUCGUCCUUUACCUCAGCCGCGACGUACUUAAUCCGUUGCAGCUUCGGGAAAUUUCUCGACGGAUUUUGCCUUUACCAGAGAAUGGGUUUUUUUUAUUCAAUUCAAUUCAAUUAAUUCAAUUCCCCAGAAAUGUGCUAUCAAAUUUUUUAAGGUCAUUUUUGUUGGGGGCCCCUAAAGUUCGGGGGGCCCCCCGUCUCUGGACACCCUGACACCCUCCCGUUACGCCACUGUGGGUGAAUGAGGCAGGAGUGUGCGUUAUUGUUGAAUGUGGGUUAUCCUUAAGUAACUCGAUGUUAUGAACAAGCUACUUGAAUAUAAGUAGAGUUACAUAUAAUUACUGUAAAUCAUGCAGAGAUACUACAUGUUCCUAAAUGUCCUAAAUUUUUCACUAUUCUAAAUCAAUUCUAAUAGAAUUUCUGAUGCAAGAUUAUCCUUAAAACUAAGUAUUAUAUCUCUAUUUUCUCCUAGAUAUGAAAAGAAUUUAAAAUGUUUAUAUGUAGUACACCCGACGUUCCGUACAAAAUUUAUGACCUGGUGGUUCACAACCUUCACUGCUCCUGAAGUGAAACACAAAGUUCGUUUUCUGACGGGAGUGGAAUUUCUUUACGACUCUGUCAGUCCUGAACAGUUGGAUAUACCUCAGUUUAUUAUGGACUGCGACAAUAAGGUUAGUCCAGUUUGUUUAUAUUGACCUUCAAGUGAUCAAUACAAAUUAUUCAAGUCAAUUUGGGGGAUUGAGCACCAUUAUUUUUUCAUCAUCUCUCCCUAAUGUCUGGAUUUGAGGGAGAUUUCAAAAUGUGCGGGCACAGAUGCAACAGGCGCCUGCGAACAGUGCUCGCACGCUCGGGCACUUUAAUGAUGUCUGGUUACUUCAUGGUAUUACAUUGACCGGAACUCUCCAAAGUGUUUACCAAAGUGUUUCUCCAAAGUGACCCUUUUAAACUGUUAAACACUAAAACUGAACUAACUUUAUUGGAGAGCUAGCUCUAUUAGUUCUAAAGUGUUACACUCAGCCGGUCCAGACAGACCAGCAAUGUUACUGUAGGUGAAUAACAUGUAUUUAUGCUGAAUAGCUUUAUUAGUUCUAAAGGUCCAAUUGCAAUUUUUGCUGUGGAUUUUUAUUGCGAUUUCUAUUACGAUUUUCUUCUGACGGAUGUAAACGAGUGGAUGAGUUACGAACGUACGGAUGGGGGUUCAUAUACUCAGAACAUUAAUAACUCAUCUACUUGUUCACAUCCAGCAGAAGAAGAGAAUCACAAUAGAAAUCACAGGAAAAGGUCUAGUGAAGGCCUGUUUACACUUGCACUUGUUGCUACGAUUUCUAGUGCGAUUUUCUACUUCUGAUGCAUGUGAACGAGUAGAUGAGUUAUCAUUGUACAUGUACCUUCAUCUCAGUAUAUGUACCUUCAUCUGAACAUUCGUAACUCAUCCACUCGUUCACAUCCAUCAGAAGAAAAUCGCAUCCAGAAUCACAGCAGAAAUUGCAAGUGUAAACGGACCUCCAUUCCUGGUACAGGAAAAUGACACCUGGAGAAACCCUGUAUAUAGCAUCAAGUCACACAACUGUGUUUUUCUACUGUUGCGUAGGUUUUUAAAUAUUUCUUCUGUUCAUUACAAUAUACCUGAGUACUUUAGUCCUUUAAAUAGGUUACGUAAAUACGUUAUGUCGUAUAUAAUAUCACAUAUAGUUGACUGGCGCAAUAAAAUAUUGGUAGUCAUCGCGUAUCAACACUAAAGUCUUGCAAAUGUAAGUUUUACUUUAUACUUGUCUGCGGAAGUACUCGAAACCUUUUCGAUUUUCUUAGCAACCGUCUCAGCUUCGAAAGAAUUCUGUUAGAUGUUUUUUUUGUUAUACUAAAAAAACACAUGUAACUUAUACUACACAUCUAAUUCUUUCACAUCUGUCUCCACAGCCACAGGUGUUCAAUAUAUCGACUGUGCAGUUGAAUUCAUUUGAACAAAAAACACCACUGUCUGCAUUUAUUUUUGGUAAAUCUUUCAAUUCAUACCUCUCAAGCGCUCGUUUUUCCCACAAAAAAACCAACAAAUUAAUUAUAUUUAUCGCCAUGCAAACGUACAAAGAACUUAUUGAUUCGCAGUUUCCUGAUUGUAAUAUCGUCUCAGUAUAUUUGCAGUUCUACAAAACUCAGUUUUUUUUGGUAUUCCGGUUUUGUCCAGAAAUGCCUGAGCAACAAGGACCUCUGCUUACUGUAGCUGCAUUAGGGGAAACACUAUGGAACUUAUAAAGCUAUCCAGCAAACACUGUAGAACUUAUAAAGCGAUCCAGCAUAAAUCAACUUACUUUACUUCAGCUUUUCUCCUAUAGUGGACCUCUAUAGGGAGAACAGUUUGGUACUAAUAGAGCUAUCAUGUAUAAAUAAAGCUUGUUUAUCUUAGGUUCCCUCCUGUACAGUAAUACUGGUGCAAUAAGUGAUGGCCCUUGCAGCACCUCUUAGUAGAAUACUUCAUCUGUAUAAAAUGAAUUAAUUCAAUUUGGUUUUCCUCGGGCUGGAUCAAUGAGUGAUAGCCAUCACUUUACCUCUUGGAAGAACACUCCAGAGCUAAUAGAGCUAAACCGUAUAAAAAAAGUCAAUUUCGUCUACUGUCCAUGUAUAUGCAACCUUGAAUAAACUUUUUCAAAUUAUUGGAGAAAACCAAAUUUGCAAUCGGGGAAGAAGAGGGGGAAACUUGACGACGAGGUUGUUAUUUCCCCUAAUUUAAUAUGUCUUGUUUCUGAAAUGAUUAAAUCCUAUACUUGUGUUUACACAAUCAUUUUUGCUCUAAAUUCCUUUUCUCCAAUUAACAGAUGAAUAUUUUAUGAAUAGCUUUGUUUGAAAUGUUUGUUCAGAUCUUUUCAUCCGAAAUAGAUUACUUUAAUAUUUUUAGGGGUACUGUGCAAACAGUUGGAUUGGAAUGCAAUAAUUGCUAAAUAAUCAACAUAGUGAUGGAAGGCUAUAGUCUGCUGAACAUAUAUUAGGGGAAAUAUCCAAAGCAAAGAUUAGCUGCCAUAGAUGCAGGCUUACUCUUGUAUAUCCAGGCAGUGCACAGGCUAAGCAAUGAAAAAAAUUAGUACGAAAAAGAUAAAUUAUCAUAAAAAUUAAUGGGCAAUUCCAGCUAUAUACUCAAUUUUGAUCUAGGCAAGAAGAACAAAAUCCAUCCCCAUAGAAAGAGCAUGUUAAAAUUAGUAAAAUUGCAAAGUUUGGUUGCGAAAUGUUUUAAAAUGCGGAAAAUAUACCUCUACGAAAUUUGCAAAUUUUGUAUUUGCAUUACGCACGGGAAAAUGCACCACAUUUGGGCCGAAAGUGGUGCAAAUUCCCGUGCGUAAUACAAAUUAAUACAAAAUUUGCAAAUUUCGUAGGGCUAUAUUUUCCUCAUUUUACAACAUUUUGCAAACCAAACUUUGCAGUUUUACUAAUUUUAACAUGCUCUUUCUAGCUGUGGGGAUCGAUUUUGUUCUUCUUGCCUAGAUCAAAAUUUAGUCUAUACCUGGAAUUGCCCAUUGCUUCAGGUAGUGUAUUAAAGUUUCACAAAGGCGUAAUUUGCAUAUAAUAGAGAAGUUUAAAUUGAGGACAGUCCUCCUUCUGGGGACAUGAGGGGAUUUGUAUGGAUGGAAAUUUUGAGUGGAAUUUUAUACAUUUACCAGACCUAACCAGGAGCGAAAAAUGCAACUACAGGCCCCUCUGGUAGGAAUCGAACCUGCUGCCCUGUGAUUCCGGUGCAGCGCUCUAACUAACCUGAUCUUAUAGGCCUGAUCGCAGGUUACGCACUAACCAACUGAGAGAGAGAGUGAGAGUGUGAGUGUGAGUGUGAGUGUGAGUGUGAGUGUGAGUGUGAGUGAGAGUGAGUGAGUGAGUGAGUGAGUGAGUGAGAGGAGUGAGAGUAGAGAGAGUAGAGAGAGUAGAGAGAGUAGAGAGAGUAGAGAGAGUAGAGAGAGUAGAGAGAGUAGAGAGAGUAGAGAGAGUAGAGAGAGUAGAGAGUGAGAGAGUGAGAGAGUGUGUGUGUGUGUUGUCAAGCUCUAGCCACAAGUUCAUGUAUAUAUACUCAAGGUGAUGCCAACGUACGGUGAAUGGGUAUUCUUGGGACAUUCCUGUUUGAGGCAGCACUUUCCUUGACAUAGGAACUUCUGGUAUUAAAAUUGAGCCUCGACUUACUAGACGUUGUGCAUCGGAUCGGAUUGGACGUUUAUAAUCCGACAAAUGCCUAAUGUUUAAAAUCCGAUCCGAUCCGAAAUUGUCUAAUCCGAAUCCGAUCCGAGUUUUGAUAAAGAAUUCCAAUCCGAUCCGAUCCGAAGAAUUCUUUAAUAAAAUAAAUUUCUCAUUCAAGUUGAAAUAUUUAACCAAAUAAAUAUAAAAGCAAGAAAUACAUGUCAAGAAGCUGACAAAGUGACGUCCAAUUGAAGUAUCAAACGAAUAAUGCAGCGACAACCGCGAUGAUGCUUUGAUAAAUGCAUGGAUAAUUAAUUCUUGCGAUAAUGCGUGGAUAAUUAAUUCAUUUUAUUUCGGAUAUCGAAGUCCGAUCCGACUACGAAACAACUUUAUCAAUCCGACACCUCGGCUCUACGACUUAGUGUUAUUGUUCUUGAUAAUUACAGCGUAAUUCGGAAAUGGUCUAUUGAAGGAAAUAUAGUAAUCUAUAAUAUAGCAUUUGUAAAUUCUGAACGCUGAUUGGCUAAGAGCCGUGUGGAUAUAACUCUCUGUCAACACGGAAAUUUCUUUCUAUAUAUUAACUGUAUAUCAACACGGAAAAUGUUUUAUAUUUGUUAAAUAUAAAUUUCAAUUAAUUUUAUUUAAUUUUUCAGGUUAAUGGAACCAAUUAUCACACGGGAUGGAAACCGCAGACCAAUACAGAUCUAUAGAGGGCUCAUCAGGCACGGUAUUAUUCCAAUUCUACAAAUAAUAAUUCUCCAACAACUCAAAUAUUAUUUUUACUAUAAAUGAGCAAUAAUUUAAAGAAUAUGACUAAAUUAUAGGCGUUGAGAAAUAGAGCGCAGACCUCGUAACAAUUGUAUGAAAGAACUUUCUACGCAAUUUAUUCCUUCCCCAAUAAUUCGCAACGUGAAGAGUUGAUUGAGACUUUUUUCAAGCGUGUCCCUGGGAUAGUCGGAUAUAUAGCACAUGGUGAGGGGUGAGGGGGGUGUUAAAAAACUGAUCGAACAACAAAGGUUUUCUUGACUGCGUAAGGUACAUGAGCACUCCUAAAGCACUUCUUUGGAUGUGGUAAAAUGCAUGUAUGAUUUUGCUUAUCAGCUAUCUCUCUGAGGCAAAAAAUAGUUUCCAGAAUUUUCAACCAUGGUGUGAUGUUUCAUUUGCAUGGUGAUUUAUAAACUGGCUAGGCAAACUCAGUCAAUGCUUAUAUGAUUCAAUUAAAUUUUAAAUUGUAAUUUAUAUAGCCACAAUAGAAUUGCAAAUUAAAUCAUUUUGCACUAGCGUAUUUUUCCAACUGUAAAGCAAAAUAAAGUGAGAUACACCUGAAGGAAUGUGCAGUAUUUUCUAACUUAAAGCGGAACUAUAGUUGUUCUUUGAGAAACUUUUGCAUAUUCAAAUAAUAAUUUAACAGUUGAAGAGUCUGAUAUGCAUAUUGUGGUUCUUCCAGUCUCGGUUACAAUGGCCUACAAUGUUAAAAUGCUAAAUGUUUGAAAUACUAAAAGUUAUAAGAAUCCCUUUCGACAGUUGUUUUAACUGGCGGUUUACUAGUUUCGUUGUUAUCUUCAGAAUCCGCCAUUUUGUUUCAAAAAUGUUUUGUUAAAAUGUUUUGUUUAAUUAAAUGUUUUUUUUUUAACAAAAUGGAGGAUUCUGAAGAGAUCUAACGACGAAACUAGUAAACUGCCAAUUAGUAAUAAAAGUUAUAAAACAAGUGUCGAAAGGGAUUUUUAUAACUUUUACUAUUUUAAACGUUUAGCAUUCUAACAUUUAAUUUUAUUACGCUUUUUAAGUGAUGCUAAGCAAACCUUUCUUGGCUAAAAUUCGUCAAUAUACAGCUACAGUUCAACUAAUGCAAUUUAUCCCCAGCGCAGAACGGCGUCAUUUGGAUGCGCAGUGGACACUCCAAAUUGAUCUAUAUUAAGUUUUGUAAAUAUAAACUUGCUUAUUUGAAAACUUUGCAAACUAACACAGUUCAUUGUUGUUGUGUUGCAAAUUGAAGGAUUAUAUGGACGAAGGUUUGGAUAGUUUCUGGCAAGUGCAUGUCUGGCUUAGAUUACUGUCAAAUUUGACAAAAACUUCCUCAUUUCAAUUAAUGAACUAUUUCCGACUUUUCGUCUUCCUUCAGCACCAUCAGACUGCUUGCUGUCAAUCUUCUUUGUAUUAAGUGCAUUGUUAACAAUACAAUAUACAAUAACUAAACAAUAAUACCCAUUUCGUAAUAAACACUGUAAUAUAUUUGGAAAAGGUCUGUAUCUUUCGUAAUAAACACUGUAAUUUAUUUGGAAAAGGUCUGUAUCUAUUGAAUAAUGAGUAUAUGAAAGAAUUAAAAAGGGAAGCUUAUAGUCGUUAGAAUUUGAGAAGUCAAAGUUUGCAGUAUUAUGAGUCACAGUAAUAGUCACAGAUGGUUUCACUAAAAUAGUAUUAAUCCACAGAUACAAUAAAAUUAAAUGAAUUAUUUC